CAUUUGUAAAAAUCAGUUCUUGCCUAAAUUUCGAGAGCUACGCAUCCAAUUUUUUGUGCUAUCGGCUUUCGUAGAAAAAAAGUUGCUUUGCAUUUUUCAAAAUUUAAUCAAGAUCUAUCCACUACAGCAUGCCGUCCAAGAAGAAGGAUACGGGCAAAGCCUCAAAAAAGAGUGCCUCAGAGAAGGCCCCAGCUACCGAGCCGGCAGGAGCAACCUCCACUGCAUCAACAGCAGAGCCGGCAACAGUGAAGGCGGCCAAGGGCUCCAAGAAGGGCAAGGGCAAGAAGAAAUAAUGUUGUUCCAGAUAUUCAAAAUCUUGCAACAAAAUCUAAAUUAAUCGAACACUUUCCAACAAGAAGUCCUCGAAGACGAUAAUUCCGAGGACUCAUUAGAAUUACAGUUAACAUUCAAUAAAACCGUUUCGCUCCCA